GCUGGGGGCUCUAUCCCACGCAGAGGACGGGGGCCUCUGCAGCCCCUUCCCCCUGUCCCAGCUGGCUGAAGCCUCCAGGGCAACCAGAGCAGCUGUGGGCCAGGAGACCUCUCCUGCCCCCCAGGAUGGACCCCUUCGCGGACACCCUGCGGCGGCUGCGGGAGGCCUUUGGCUCAGGGCGGACGAGGCCCGCUGAGUUCCGGGCGGCGCAGCUCAAGAGCCUGGGCCGCUUCCUGCGGGACAACAAGCAGCUUCUGCAGGAGGCGCUGAUGCAGGACAUGCACAAGUCAGCCUUCGAGGCGGAGGUGUCUGAGAUCGGAAUCAGCCAGAACGAGAUUGACUUGGCCCUCAGGAAUCUGAGGGCCUGGAUGAAGGAUGAGAAAGUGCCCAAGAAUCUGGCCACGCAGCUGGACUCAGCCUUCAUCCGGAAAGAGCCCUUCGGCCUGGUGCUCAUCAUUGCCCCCUGGAACUACCCCGUGAACUUGACCUUGGUGCCCCUGGUGGGCGCCCUCGCUGCAGGGAACUGCGUGGUGCUGAAGCCAUCGGAGUUCAGCAGGAGCACCGAGAAGAUCCUGGCUGAGGUGCUGCCCCGAUAUCUGGACCAGAGCUGCUUUGCCGUGGUGCUAGGAGGGCCCCAGGAGACCGGGCAGCUGCUGGAGCACAAGUUUGACUACAUCUUCUUCACGGGGAGCCCCCGAGUGGGCAGGAUCGUCAUGGCUGCCGCCGCCAAGCACCUGACACCCGUCACGCUGGAGCUGGGGGGCAAGAACCCCUGCUACGUGGACGACGACUGCGACCCCCAGACUGUGGCCAACCGCGUGGCCUGGUUCCGCUACUUCAACAGCGGCCAGACCUGCGUGGCCCCCGACUACGUCCUGUGCAGCCCGGACACGCAGGAGCGGCUGCUGCCCGCCCUGCAGAGGGCCAUCACCCGCUUCUACGGCGAGGACCCCCAGAGCUCCCCGAGCCUGGGCCGCAUCAUCAGCGAGAAGCACUUCCGGCGGCUCCGGGGCCUGCUGGGCUGUGGCCGCGUGGUCAUCGGCGGCCAGAGCGACGAGAGCGACCGCUACAUCGGUCCCACUGUGUGUGGCUGGCAGAGCCCAGGCGUGUCCAACACGCUCCCAGCUGGCCGCCACGAGGCUGACUGCCAUGUCCCAUGCCACCAUACAGGUGCCAGUGGGAUGGGCAGCUACCACGGCAAGUUCUCCUUCGACACCUUCUCCCACCACCGUGCCUGCCUGCUGCGCUGGCCCGGGCUAGAGAAGAUCUACUCUCUCCGCUACCCGCCCUACUCGCCUCGUAACCUGAGGAUGCUGCUGGCGGCGAUGGAGACCCGCAGCUGCAGCUGCACCCUGCUCUGAGCCUGGCUCACGCCUGUGAGUCUUCUGCCCCUGCCACCUGCGGCCAGUGCAGACGUGCCUCCAAGGAGGAAAAGACCACAGCCCAGACCAGUGCCUGCCCUCCUCCCCGCUGGGCCUUCUCUCUGCGAGCCCUCAGCCUCCUCCUCCCUCAGCUGCCCCCCAACUAGGACAGGCCAAGGCAAGGGAGCAUGGGAAACAACGCGGUAACCCACGGUAACCCACUCCCCCACCCCCACACUAGCCACCCGAGUCCUGGGAUAGGCCAGGAGAUGUGGACACCUCUAAGCCACCCCCCCCUUCCCGUGGAGGAUGCAGAAGGGGCCCUGGCAUCUGGUCCAGGUCACACCGUGGACCUGCAGCGGCCUCGGCCCUGGGCAGAAAUCCCUGCCCUCCCGGAGCUUGUUUCCCCAGCUGUACAGGGGAGGUGGUAACAAUCAGCACCUCCAGAGAUCACUGGGAGGAUUCAGUUUUGGAGUUCAAUAAUAAAUGAGCUGUCGAUCCCAA